GGGGAGGAGAUCAUUCUUGGAUCUUCAUGUUCAGAACCUGGUGAAGUCCUGGAGGUAAAGCCAAGAGAGUGUGGAGGGCCCUCCUAAGACUUGGUCGAUAGGAGUUCUUACUUGGCAAGCCUUUGUCUAAAUUACCAUUUAAGUUUUCUCCCUAGCGUAUUGCUCUAGUGCCUCCUGCUCCAGGAGUGCAAUCACUUGGUGUCCUACUUCUUUUAAGCGAAAGAACAGCGAACAGGCAACAUGAGUGACUGGAGUGCCUUAGGCCAACUCCUUGACAAGGUUCAAGCUUACUCCACCCCUGGAGGGAAGGUGUGGCUCUCGGUCCUUUUCAUUUUCCGAAUCCUGCUACUGGGGACAGCGGUUGAGUCAGCCUGGGAUGAUGAGCAGUUUGCCUUUCGUUGUAAUACUCGGCAGCCUGGUUGUGAAAACGUCUGCUAUGAUAAAUCCUUCCCGAUCUCUCAUGUGCGCUUCUGGGUCCUGCAGAUCAUAUUUGUGUCCAUCCCCUCACUCUUGUACCUAGUGCACGUAUUCUACAUGAUCCGCAAGGAAGAGAAGUUGAAAAAGAGAGGGGAGGAACUCAGAGUCGCUCAAAACACUGGUGUCCACAUGGAGGUGCACUUGGAGGAAAUCGAAGUUGAGAUCAAGAAGUUCAAAUAUAGCGUUGAAGAACACUGUAAGGUGACUAUGAGAAGGGGCUUGCUGCGAAUCUAUGCCAUUAGCAUCUUCUUCAAGUCUGUUUUUGAGGUGGCCUUCCUGCUGAUCCAGUGGUACAUCUAUGGAUUCAGCCUGAAUGCGGUUUACACUUGCGAACGAGACCCCUGCCCGCAUCAGGUGGACUGCUACCUCUCUCGCCCCACAGAGAAAAGCAUCUUCAUUCUCUUCAUGCUGGUGGUGUCCUUGGUUUCUCUUGCUUCGAACAUUCUCGAGUUAUUCUGUGUCUUCUUCAAGGGCAUUAAGGACCAUGUGAAGGAUCCAGAGAGUGAGGCUUACCUUGAUUCAUCUGGUCUGCCAAGCCCCUCCACUGACUCUUCAUCAACUGUUCCUCUCUCCACCAUAUCCCUUCCCAGGGACAAGGUGGUUCCUGGAAACAGGAACAGUUCUUCCUGCCGCAGUUACAAUAAACAAGGAAAUGAGCAAAGCCAUGCUAAACAGAGUGCAUAGCAAGAUCUAAUAGGGCAGGCAGGAAGCACCACCUCCAACUUGCACGCAUAGCCUUUUGAUUUCCCUGAUAAUAAGCAGAAUUCUGGGGGUGGGGGUGGGGAUGACAACAGUAGCUACUGGGUAGUAGUCAUUGUAGACCAGCAGCCAUUCUGCAAAGCCAGCAGUCAUGCCAGCAGCAGGCUUAAUGACCUAGAGAUCUAGACACAUGCCUGAAAACAUUAUGAUUCUGCUCAAUUGUUAAAGAAAAGGAAGGUACAGUGGAGAGUGUACUUUUGUUCCAGAGGAGGUGGUACUCAACAACGUCAGUUAUGAGGCUUAACAGACAUAAAGGGUUCUUUUUGGGGGGUCUGGGAUAGGAGAGGAGAAAGGGGAGGAUUAAUGGAGGAACAUACUUGGUAUUUGAAAUGGUUGACGUGAAGAAUUUACAUUCUAAAUAAAAGUUGCAUUAGGUGGCACAUAAGUAAGGACUUUUUCUCUCCCAUAUUUCCUGAGAAUGGUUCAGUGUAUAUGAAAGAGUGAUAGAUAUCUGCCAUGUAUUGGUACAAACAGAUGCAAUAUAAACUCAUGAACAUGGAUUUUAAAAUAAUGCAGGGUUCAAAUUUGAGCAUUUCUCAUGGAUUUUGCGGUGUGGGCCGUAUGAUCUUUACAUAAUUCCUACUGUGAAAGUGAAACACCCUUCCCUCCCCAAAGUGCCCCCCUUUACCCAGUUUAGCCUGUUAUGGAUACUGGUUCUACUCAUUGUGAGUUUUUUCUUUUAUAGAAAGAUAUCAGGAAUGAUGUCCUUUUUCUGAAAUGUAAUGACUGACACUUGAAUGAUAAGACUUUUAGUUCUGUAAACAGCACUCAUUAAUGUGAGAAACUUAAAAAGAAUGCUUAGAGCUGGACUAUUAAAUGUUCUUACAUGAAUUUUACAGUAACUGAUAGUGCUUGGAUUUAUUUUACUUAAUAAAUCCUACGUAAUAAGCAUUAUUUUAGAACUCGUAUUCUGUUAAUGAGUUUGGUAGGCAGUCUUUUGGGAUGGCCAGUGUUUUUGAUGUUUGUACUAAGAUUUUAUUUGGAAUGCAAGAAAGGUUGAAAGAGGUUUGAGUAUUACCUAUGUACCUAAUGUGUUGGAAAUAUAUACUAAAGAAAUCUGUUUAUUCAAAUGACUUUUCUAAAACUCACAGAUGGUUGGUGAAAAUGCUGAGCUUCAUACUUUGUUUUUGCGUGACAGCUACAUAAACAGUUUUGUACACUAAAUGGUUUAACAUUUCACAUUAAACUAAUGUCAUGUUCAGCUUUAUUAAAUGCAAAUGUAGAACUAGUCCAUCAUAUAUUCUAGAGAAUGUUCUUUAUUAAAUAAAGUUUUAAGAGAGCAA